AGGUCACAGCACUCUUCCACGAGGUCAAAAUGGAUGAUGAGAUCAUCUCCACCGUCAACGAGCAGAAGGCGAGAGAUCUGGCAAUAGCAGCGCAGUGUGAACGCGAGAAUAAAAACGAAAGAUACGACACCUACCACUCCAAGCGCGUGGGCAGCUUCGACGGAUACCUCAUGCAGGUGAUGAUGAAUGCACUCCAUCGAAUGCAAGACUACCAGAACUACAUCGUGGACCUUGAACGGGACAUGGAGUCGGUGAAGGGGCAGCGCCGCUUCUCACCCGAUGUGUUGCAGAAGAUCAUGCGCGACCAACACGACGCCUACCAAGCACUCUCGUCAAAGGUGUCUAGCUUGCACCAACUGGUAGAGGGCAUCAGGGAAGACUGGACGGAGUAUGUGCUACGCAACGAACUCUCGAACGACCCUGUGGCCGAACGGAGGAAGAAGAGUGGCAGGCCGGGCAUGUUGGUGGGUGCAGGCGGCGGAGACUUCAAUUCCGACAAGCGCCCCGGCAUGGGUCCCAAGGCAAACUCGGGUUUCGAUAUCACUAAAUUAGUUACCAUGGGCACCGUCGCCCCUGGAAUAGCGGGUGCUCCUGGUACAGCAAAUCUCAGCACAGGCACAACCACAGGCGGAGGCUUGUUUGGCGGCGGGUUUAAUGCCAGCAAGCCUGCGUUUGGGGCUACCACACAGCCAGCUACAAGCGGCUUUGGGGGUUUCGGUAUGGCCGCAUCCACUCCGCUAAAGUCAACUACGGGUGGGCUAUUUGGCUCAUCCAUGACCACAGCAAACACGGGACUAGGUGGCUUUGGACAAUCAACAACGAACACUACCGCGCCAUCCGCCACAGGAUUCGCCGGCUUUGGCGCUGCUUCCAAACCAGCUGCGACACCUAGCACAGCGACCUUCUCAGGCUUCACUUCAACGGCUCAACCGGCCAGCACCGGCGGCUUUUCAGGUUUCGGCAGCACAGCGACUCAACCCGCCGCCUCUGGCUUUAGUGGAUUCACAGCUUCCAAGCCAGCAGCUCCCGCCAGUCAGCCUUUUACGCUUAACACAAACAGUAGUAAUACAACGGGGGGAGGAUUUAGCUUUGGUAAGUAACCGGGGCAACGUCAAGCAAGCGUGCAGGGGACUCGGAUGGGAAUCCACAGACACUGAAAAGAAGCUGAAAACAGUCCCGCUGACUACAGUGCAUUCAUAGACAAGUACAAAUAUAUUUCUACCAUCAUAUACAUAGACGUAAAUCGCCCUGAUAAUAAUUAGUAAAAGUAAAUGUCGAUGCUGUCCAUGAGAAUAAAGUGAGCUGGAUGACCGACGGAGACUAGGGCCGCUACUCA